GUUUUUUUUCGCGGCACAACCGUUGGUAUGUGAGUUAUAGAGAUGAGUAUGGUUUUACUCUGGUUACCCCCCUGUUCUAUGUGACUAGGUUUAAUUCGUAUUUUGGCGGUAUCGACGAAAGGAUUUAUUGUAAGUGGUGUGUGAAUUGAUAUUAUGGUAUUUCCACAUAACUAUUGUCUAAGGAAACUGAUUGGUUAUAACUCGGGUCACGGCUCAAACUGUGAAACUCUCCUCCGACCCGUGGAAAAGAUCCAUACGGAUACAAUUUAUUAUAAUGUAUUCAAGUACGUGCCUUCUGAAAACUCUCAUGGUCAUAUAUACGUCACAAAAGAAUUACCGAUAAUUGCACGUUGCAUUGCCCAUACUAGGAGAUUACACUGGGUAAUAGCUAUAGCAGAAAUACUACGCAUAUGACUGACCUAGAGUGCCGGAGCUUCUGGGGGUG